AUGUCGCUCCUAGGCGGUGCCGAGUGCUCGACGGCGGGCAACCCGCUCAGCCAGUUCACAAAACAUGUCCAAGACGACAAGAGUCUCCAACAUGACCGCCUUGCUGGCCGCGGCUCCAGUGGCUCGCUCGGCGGCUUCAGGAGCACGAGUCGCGGUACGCCCCAGGACGAGAUGAUGAACGGCUUCUUGCAACAGACCCCCCACCUCCCCGAGAUGGCCCUCGAGCACCAGCAAGCUCAGCUCGACCUCAACCACGCCGCCCAUCUCCGCGCCCAGUCCGCCUCUCCCACUUGGGCGGCCCCCGGCUUCCGUCACAGCCCCCAGGCCGCCAUGGAGGCCGCCUUCAACGCCCCGGCUGGCACCCAGUUCAGUCCCGACGAGUUCGCCAAGUUCCAGCAAAUGAACGGUGGCCCCGCCUCCUCCGUCCACACCAACCACCUACCCGGUGCUAGCGGCAUUAUGGCGCAACCACAGCGGCCAGUGAUGGGUAUGGGCAUGGGCAUGGGCAUGGGCAUAGGAAUGGGCAUGGGCAUGGGUAUGGGCUAUAGUGGCGGGCUCAUGUCGCGGCCCAUGUACCAGCCCAUGGGAGGCAUGUACGGCGUACAGUCACAUCUCCAGCAGCCGCAACAACAGCAAGAACCUGAAGGCAAAGGGAAAGGCAAGGUUGUGGAGCUGGAUGACAGCAAGUGGGAGGAGCAGUUUUCGCAGAUGGAGCUCCACGACAAGCAGCUACAGGGCUCGGACGAGGCAGUGGACGAAGCACGGGCCAUGGAGCCGGAGCUGAACAAGAUGGACGAGGAUAUGCUGCACUCGGAGACGGGCUAUGGCGAUCUCGAGUCCAUCUGGCGUGGCAUACAAGGCGAGGAGGAGGCCAUGAAAAAUCUAGACGACGUUGAGGAUCACUUUGCCAAGUUUGACAGCAGCAACUGGGGCGGCGAGGGCCUGGGCGACUGGAGCCUGAACGGUCGCUUAGGCGCCGACCCCGUCAUCCAAGACUAUCUCUUCGAGGAGGAGAACCCAUACGAAGCGGCUGCAGAGAACACAAACCCAUUCGAGGAGGGAGUGCGCAUCAUGACCGAGGGGGGCAACCUCUCGCUCGCAGCGCUGGCGUUUGAGGCAGCCGUGCAGCGGAAUCCAGACCACGUGGAUGCUUGGGUGUAUUUAGGCGGCGCGCAGGCGCAGAACGAGAAGGAGGAGGCGGCGAUCCGGGCACUUGAGCACGCAAUGAAGCUGGACCCCAAUAACCUGGCAGCCCUGAUGGGGCUUGCCGUGUCCUACACCAACGAAGGCUACGACAGCACUGCCUUCCGCACGCUGGAGCGGUGGCUUUCAGUCAAGUACCCGCAGAUCAUCGCCCCGCAGGACCUGUCGUCGGCGGCCGACAUGGGAUUCACAGACCGUGAGCAGCUGCACAAGCGCGUCACCAACCUGUUCCUAGACGCAGCGCGCCUAGCCCCGGACGGCGCCCACAUGGACCCUGACGUGCAGGUUGGGCUGGGCGUGCUCUUUUACGGCGCCGAGGAGUACGACAAGGCUGUCGACUGCUUCCAGGCGGCGUUGCAAAGCUCGGAGCUCGGUACUAGUAAUCAGAGGUCCCAGAUCCACCUGCUGUGGAACAGGCUCGGUGCCACCCUCGCCAACAGCGGCCGCUCCGAGGAGGCCAUUGCCGCGUAUGAGAAGGCACUCUCCAUCCACCCCAACUUUGUGCGCGCCCGCUACAACCUCGGGGUGUCAUGCAUUAAUAUUGGAUGCCACGCCGAAGCCGCCGGCCACCUGCUUGCCGCUCUCGACAUGCAUAAGAGCGUCGAGAAGAGCGGGCGCGACAAGGCUCGCGAGCUGUUGAUGAGCGGCGGAUCGGGCCCAUCCGGGGCUGGGGGCAGCGGCGGUAGCAGUAGCCAUGACACCGCGCUCAAUGACUCGCGCAUCGAGGCCAUGACGAUGCAGAACCGCAGCACCACGCUCUACGACACGCUGCGCCGCGUCUUCACCCAGAUGAACCGCCGCGAUCUCGCCGAGAAGGUGGUUGUCGGCGUUGAUCCAGAUAUCUUUCGCGGCGAGUUUGACUUUUGA